AUGUUACCUAAAAAGAUUAUCAAAGCCAAUGCAUCUUAUACUGCACAACAACCACACGAACUCUCUUUUGAAAAAGGUGAUUUUUUUCACGUCAUAGGAAGAGAAAAUGAUCAUCACUGGUUUGCUGUCAAUAAUCCUCUCACUAAUCUUAGUGGUUUAGUACCUGUAUCUUAUUUUGAAGUUGUCGAUAAAACUACUCGAACAAUGAGUAUCAUUCAACCCAAUAUGCCAAAAGAAUAUUAUUAUCAACAACAACAACAAAAUAAUCCAAAUAUUACCAAUAGACGUUCUUCAACUCAACAACAACAUUAUUAUGGUAUUGUACUCUAUGACUUUAUAGCUGAACGAUCUGACGAAUUGGGCUGUAAAGCAAAUGAAGCUAUUAUUAUUAUUGCUCAAUCCAACAGUGAAUGGUAUGUAGCAAAACCUAUUGGUCGUCUUGGUGGUCCAGGCUUAAUCCCAGUAUCCUUUGUACAACUUCACGAUGUUAUCACUGAUCACCCAAUUAUCUUACCAAAAAAUCAACAUCGAUCAUUACCAUCAUCUUCCUCAUCCUCAACAACAUCUAUAUCACCAAGGUCUUCAAUCUCUAUUCCUCAAUUGGAUAAAUGGAAAAAACAAAUACAAAAUUACGAAGCAUCAAGUAUUCUUCUAACAGGUAAUGGUAAACAACAACAACAACAUAUACUUCCCUCUUCCUCUUCGGUUUCAAGCAGUCUUUCAGAUCAUCAUCAUCAUUACCCUUCAUCACAACGACAUAUUGAAAAAGAACAUAAACAAGGACAAUCUUCAACAAUACCACAAAGAUAUUCCUAUGAUCAAUCAUCAUUAUUAUCAAAUCACAGUAUGAAUCAUCAAAAACAUCAACAACGAUCUCAAAAAACGAUAUCAUACAAAUCAUCAGCACCUCCAUCCUUAACAACAAUAACCAGCACAACAGAUUCCAAUAUAGAUGCUUCGACAUAUUCUGAAAGUAUGGUCACGGACAUUACGGUGAAUUCCUUUAUCUUGGAAGAUGAUCAGUAUUGGUUUGUUUUGUAUGCUACAGUCCACAAAGGAAACCAUCGAAUUCUGUAUCGUACAUAUAAUGAUUUUUAUCAUUUCCAUGCAAGAUUGCUGCAAGAUUAUCCAAUAGAAGCUGGAAAAGAAGGACAAGAAAGGAUAUUACCAUACAUGCCUGGGCCUUUGGAAACAGUAGAUGACCAAAUCACAGAGCAACGACGGGAAGAUUUGGACUAUUAUUGCAAAAAAUUACUUACAUUACCAUCCUAUUUAUCGAAAAGCGAACUUGUACAAGAUCAACUAUUUGGAUUAAAGAAAGGAGAUGUGGAAACAGACUACGCACCAAAAAAAGGUAGCAGAGUGGCUAAAAGCACUAAUACUCGACCUCAUCAACCAACAACAGAAAUAUCCAACCUUAUCAAUAACAAUACCAUUGAACAAACAACAAAAUCAUUAUACGAUAAAGACGGCAAGGAGGCUUAUUACAAUGGUGGCGUAGGAAAAGUGAAAAUCAAGAUUGUACACAAGGAUGAUAUAUUUGCAAUCAAGAUGCCAGCCGACUGCACUUUACAAGAAUUACAACUACGUGUCAAGGAUCGAUUGGGUGGUACUUUGGGCAAAAUGAAAUAUAAGGAUGAUAUACAUCAUAGCAAUGGUAUAUGUUUACCUUUGGAAACAGAACUCGAUAUGGAAGAAGCAUUUAUUUUAGCUAUUCAACGUGGAAAACUUACUAUAUUGGUAGAUUAG